CUCAAUUCCGACCAUUUCAUCGUUUGUCGUGAUCCCUGCUUCGAUCGCACCUCAGCAAGCAGGAAAAUCCCAGCCAAGCUCCGACCUGUCCCAAGCUCUCCUUAUCUCGUCAGCACAAUGGCCGACACUACCACCACUCCCCAGAACACUUCGCCCGCGCAGCAGCAGUACCCGGAUCUGAACCCAUACUCGUCCUCCAACGGUGCCUCCUCCACGACCUCCGCGACUUCGCCCUCCACCACCGAGCAGACGAAGCAGCAGGCCAACAACAUCUUGAGCAACGCCUCGCAGACCGUGCAGCAGACAAUGGCGAACAUCAAGAACUCGGAGACGGUCCAGUCCGUCGCCAACGGUCCUCUCGCCGACAAGGCUCGUGUCGAGGCCGAUGCUACCAAGAACGAGUUCAGCAACCUCGCCGCUUCCCGCCAGACUCCUCAGACGCAGACCGCCAACGGCCAGGAACUCACCCACUAUCACUCGUUCUUCUACAACCUCCUCUCGUGGGAGAACCCGCGAGCCACCGCCAUCAGCUACGCGAGCAUCGUCUUCUUCGUCUUCGCAGCCCGCUACAUUCCUCUCACCCGAUAUGCCAUGAAGGCGCUCUACACUGUUCUGGGUAUCACCGCAGCGGCAGAGCUCGCUGGCAGAGCUGCUUUGGGCGAGGGACUCUCCAGCAAGAUGAGGCCGAGAAAAUACUACACCAUCCCACACGAGACCUUGGAGAGCGUUCUCGCCGAUGCUGAGGAGCUCAUCAACUUCUUCGUCAUUGAGUUCCAGCGCGUCAUCUUCGCCGAGAACAUCUAUGCUACCAUUGGUGCCUUCCUCUCCGCUUUCCUGACCUACUUCCUCGUCAAGGUCAUGCCCAAGUGGGGAUUGUUCUUGUUCUUCACCACUGUCGUCUACUUCGCUCCUCUCGCCUACAUCAGCAACAAGGAGUUCAUCGACGAACACCUCAGCAAUGCCCAGAACAUCGUCUCCGAGCAAGCCAACCAGGUUCGCGACAUCGCUGCCAAGCAGACCAACAGCGCCUUGGAGGCCAGCAAGAGCGCAAUCAGCCAGUACAGUGCCCAAGCACAAGAGAUGAUUGGGCAAACCAAGAAGGCUGCGGUUGAGAAGAACAUCGUCUCCCCUCAGACCGCUGAGAAGGUCACACCGGCCGCGGCGACCCCGGAGAAGGCAGUCAACAACACCGACUUCCCUUCGGCGCCCAAAGACGAGCCGGCGAUUCUUGACUCUACUCACGUCGAGCCGAUCAAGCCUGAGGCCGAGUUCGAGCCGAUCAAGCCUGAGACCGAGUUCGAGCCGAUCAAGCCUGAGACCGAGUCCGAGCCUCUUCUUGCAUAGAUUGUCCUGUGUUCGGAACGAUUGCGACAACCUGUGCACUGCGCACAUCCUAAGCCCUACUUCCUGAAGUGGAUAUUCGAUUGUCUAUAUGGUCAGAGAGGGGGAAAACCAUGAUGACAGUCGGACAGAAACAGACCGCAGACACUUGAUCUGACGACUGGUGUUGUUUUCCGGAAGCGCGUGUGCAUUUGCAAAGGAAACAAAGCUGUACCAUUACCUACUUUUUUCAGCGUUGGGUCAUGAAUUUGAGCGAGCAAGCGAGCGGUUAUGACCAAGACCUAAAAGUAUUGUAGUAUGAACGAUGUGGUGUCU